CAAGACUUGAUGCCAAAGAAACGACGUAUUGCCAAGAGUAAUGACAAAGGUUUACUCGUGAUAAAAUGUGUUUGGGAAAUGCAAGAAGAUAGCGUCAUGAAAAUGAUUUCGUCGUUUGCGUCUGAUGAUGAUGAUGAAACAUUUACUUUGAGAGAAUUAAAUAUUGCACCAGCAGAAUCUACAGCUUUGUUCAAAUUUUUAAGCCACAUCAAGAACUUGAAACAGCUUCGCAUCAGUCGUUGUACUGUGACGAACAUUGCUAUCCGUGAAUUGGCUAAGUUUUUGAAGAAAGAUAACCAUGACCUGGAGAAUGACAACUGUGAACUUACUGAACUAGAUGUAAGUAGCAAUAUUGGUUUAAAAACUGAAGGUGUUAAAUGUUUAAGUGAUGCUUUGAAGAGUGACAACUGUAAACUUACUGAACUAGAUGUAAGUGGCAAUGAUUUAAAAACUGAAGCUGCUAGAUAUUUAAGUAAUGCUCUGAAGAGUGACAACUGUAAACUUACUAAACUAAAUGUAAGUCGCAAUGAUUUAAAAGCUGGAGGUGUUAAAUAUUUAAGUGAUGCUUUGAAGAGUGACAAUAGUAAACUUACUGAACUAGAUAUCCACCUCGUCGAAAGACUCGAUCCUAUAUAA